AUGUUAAUAUGCUUGGCAGCAAUAGCAAGAGAGCAUAAAAUGAGGAACCUUGAUGACCCAACGAAAGGUGGCUCAGUUCGUUUAAUAGUGGAAGGAAGCAAAAGAGUUGCAACGAGAGUAGGAAGUGAAGCUAGUUGGCCAAGGGACCCAUUGCCAGUUGUGGUAAUUAGAUGUUACAUUGAGUGUCUAUCGCUGGGAAUAAGUAUUUUUGUCAGUCAAUUAGCAAUGUGA